AUGGUCAACGUUGCAGUAGCUGGAGGCACCGGAGACGUCGGUCGCACCAUCGUCGAGGUCCUAUCCUCGUCUUCCCACCAGGGUUUCGUUCUGUCGCGAAAGCCAUCCAGCGAUAAUAACCACAUCACCGUUGAUUACAACAAUACCGAUGACCUAGCAGCCGUCCUGGAGUCGUGGAAAAUCCACACGGUGAUAUCCGCAUUCGGCAUCGAAGGCGACUCGCUAGCAAAAGCCCAGGCGAACCUGAUCGAGGCGGCAAAACAGUCCAAGGAGACAAAGCGGUUCAUCCCAAGUUCUUUUGCAAUUCCGUAUCCGCAGGAGGCCGUGCAAGUCCUACCACCAUUGAAAGAUUACUUUGCUGCUAUAGAGACACUGAAGAACUCUGACCUAGAGUGGACAGUAUUCCAUAAUGGCAUUUUCUUGGACUACUUCGGUGGCCCUGCCAUGAAGACUUACCUGAAGCCUAAUGUAUUCGUCAUGGACAUGGCCAACAAAGUCGCCGCUAUUCCCGGCGACGGAAAUGUGCCUGUUACCUUUACGUACUCGUUUGACCUGGCAAAGUUUAUCGUCGCCUCUCUUGAUCUCGAUACAUGGCCACAAGAAAGCAAAGUCAUCGGAGACGAGAUGACAUGGAACGAGUUUGUCUCACUGGUUGAGAAUACCCUUGACUGUAAAUUCGAAAUCCAUUACGACUCAGUUGAGAAGCUCAAGGCGUUUCAAAUUACAGAGCUACCGGGCCAUCGACCGCUAUACGAGAAGUUUACAAAGGAAGGCUUUACAUGGUUUACGUCUAUAUUCGAGCUGUUUAUGACGGAUAGACAGUCUUGUAUUUCUGGGGAGGGUUCGCUGAAUGAGCAAUUCCCGAAUAUUAAGCCUCUUACUGUGAAGGCCAUGUUGGAACAGUAUUGGAAAGGACGUUGA